AUGUUGUCUCUGAACUCUACCAGCCUCUCCCACCCUCCUGCUUUCCUCCUGGUUGGCAUCCCUGGGCUGGAGCAGGAGCAGUUCUGGAUUGCCUUCCCCUUCGCCGUUAUGUAUGCCGUUGCUGUGCUGGGGAACAUCAGCCUUCUCGUCUUUAUAAAGACCGAGCCAAGCCUGCACGAGCCCAUGUACUUCUUCCUGGCCAUGCUGGCCUUCACCGACCUCGUCCUCUCCACAUCCUCUCUCCCCAAAAUGCUCAGCGUCUUCUGGAUGGGCUCCGGGCAGAUUGGCUUCCUCUCCUGCCUUGCUCAGUUGUUCUUCAUCCACACCUUCUCCUCAGUGGAGUCGGGCGUGCUCAUGGCCAUGGCCUUGGAUCGCUGCGUUGCCAUCUGCUACCCGCUCCGGCACGCCAGCAUCCUCUCCGGGCCAGUAGUGGUGACCCUCGGGAGCCUGGUGCUGGCGCGCGGGGUCAUCCUGGUGAGUCCCUUCUGCUUCCUGCUCCGCAGGAUGUCCUUCUGCCAGCAGCCCAUCAUCUCCCACUCCUACUGCGAGCACAUGGCCGUGGUGAAGCUGGCAUGUGGGCAGACCCGAGUCAAUGUCAUUUACGGCCUCUUUGUGGCUUUUGUGGUGGCCGGGUUUGACGUGACCGUGAUCGUUGUGUCCUACGCCACGAUCCUUCAAACAGUAAUGAGGCUGCCCUCCACAGAGGCAAGGCUCAAGGCCUUCAGCACUUGUGCAGCCCAUGUCGGUGUCAUCUUGGCACUUUACAUCCCUGCCCUCUUCACCUUCCUCACCCACCGGUUUGGCCAGAGCGUCCCUCACCACGUCCAUAUAAUGGUGGCCAAUCUCUACCUGCUGGUGCCCCCCACGUUAAACCCCCUUGUGUAUGGGGUGAGAACCAAACAGAUCCGCAACAGAGUGGUCCUCCUCUUGCAGCAGAAGGCAAUCUGA